AUGGCAGCCCACGAACUCUCUCCAACCCUCCUGGCAUCUUCUGCCCAGCGAAAACCUCAGAUGUCUAUCACCCUUCCUCGGAACUUUGCUCCUUUUCGACUUGAUGGCGGCGAUGACCCCAAGACACCAGAUCAGACCUUCGCUGAGCUUAAGCUGCCUCCUCCGCCCCAGCACUCGACCUGUCGCGUCCGUCGUUCACGAGUCAACAUGGACAACUUCCAAGCGCGUAAUAAUGCACUCCCUUCGACCUUAUUUGCCUCUGAGAUCCCAGUGCCUUCCAGUCCUCAAUCAGCCCGCACAGAAUUUGGUUUGGAGCCCGACAUGGCCCUUCCGUCCGUGGAGAUUCCGCUUGAUCAAUCUCGGCCGACCUUCGUACAUUCUCUUACAGAACCCUCACCGAGCGAGAGACUGAAGUUGUCCUCAUCCAGAGACCAACCGCUCCCACGGACCCCGUUGGCCCAGACAAAAGGCGUACCUGCCGAUUACAAAACGAACGCCUGGGACAUGCAUCGAUCAUCUUCAGAGUGCUCCAUUCACUCUGAGUCGUCCUAUUCUUCAGCUGAAGCUUUCACAACUCGACCUACAUCGUUUGACGGUAGUGCAACAAGUCCUGAUCUAGACUCCCAUGAUCCUUUCUCUCCAGGCAAGGUCAACAUCAUCCCAGACACUCCAUCACGGAGGAGUAAGAAGCUGCGAGUCCACGCCUUUAUUUCAAAGGCCAAUGUUCAAUGGAGCAUUGAGAUGGACAAUCAUUUGUUCAACGUCUACCAAAUGUACCUGGCAGAUCCGACAGUCACACCCUUUAAGACUGUUCCAGGAAGCAUUCCACCCACGGGAGUUUGUCAUCGUGUCGCUCGACGAGCCAAGGAAACCUGGCCAAGAGCCAGUAGAUUCUCCAAACCGAUCGUCAAGCGAUACAGGAUGCGGAACGUGAUGGAAUAUCGGAAUUUGGCCAGAGACAGAACACCUGAACCAAAUGACUUUCUCAAGACCGACAAUGCGGAUGUGAGAGGAGCUUGGCCUUCUGAGUCGGCUACCCGAAAGCGACUGAAGCAAUUGUGCAAAGAAAAAUUCACCAUUACGGCACACUACCAACGACUACGCGAAUCCAGAAGUCCUUCUCCAUUCCAUGACCAGUUCUUGAAACGUCCAUCCUCUCGUCUGAGUCGCGCCGGGUCUCGCCCGGCCGAUUCAGAAGCAUCCACCGCCUACACAACUAGAGAGCUUGGUAUUUCACUAGUUGCGAGUGGCGCCACGGCUCCACUUGCACAAUUAGUCACUGGCGACUCCCCACCGAUCCAGCAAAUGUCUGAUAACUGGUUUAAUACGCCCAUUAUCAAGGAUUGCGAUGCCAUGUCCAUUUCCACACCCGCAGGACUCGGCAUUUGUACAGAUACUGACAAACUCCAUGUUGCCAGCAGUAUACCACGACUUGCUUCUCCAUUCACCUACAGUACCUGGAAUGGCUCAAGCACAUCUGGCCAAUACGACAGCAGACGCAGCAGCCACAAUCAGUUUGACACUAUCCACGCUACUGGGACAAGAUUGCUCUCUCCAUUUAAGCCGGAGCCAGAUGUCUCACUCAAUGUUAACAAGCGACGUGCACAGAAUAACUUGGAAGAUGAGCUGAGUCCAAGUGGAAGCAACAUCGACAAACCAAUUUCGACCUUGAGCUUGGAGAUUCCUACACAGGCUACGUUUGAGCCCGCUCCGGAGCUUCGACCUGAGUUGGUCUUCACUGGCAUUGGUGAUUUGAAUCAACGGCGGAUACGCCUGAGGAACCGAGGCGCGACUUUGGGUGCGGUCAACAAUCGGGAGCACAUUGAAAGACUUUUCACUCCCCCAACCAUCCACGCACCCACUUUGGAUGGCAUUCCCCCAGUUGCAGCUUUACCACCUUCUCUCGCUGCUUUGGCCGCCAGUACCUCAGUAUCAACAUCCUCUGCUCUUGCUCCACCGGAAAUUGAUCCUGCCCAGAAGCGUCUCGGAAGCCCCUUCGAACUGGAUCCGAACAAACGAAGCUACCGAGCCAAAAACCCACGACAUGUGCCAAGCUUGAGUGAUCCAUUUAUCAACACAAGUGCAUUUGCCACUACACCCAGUCACGGCCACGGUCACAAUAGCAGUAUUAGCAUUGGAGAAAGACUGGCCAUGUUUCAUACUUUUCAUCCAGGUCGCUAUCCACGUCCACCACUGCCCACGCCGCAAAUGAGAGAUGACCCAUUCACCUAA